UUGGAAGACGGGGCCAGAAAACCGACAUACAUAGGGGCUUGCUUUGUUCUUUUCGGCAAAUUUCGAGCGGACAGGCCCGGUCCCACCGUUGGUGGAUACAUUCAUGCGUUGAAGAAGAGAUGCCAUGAGCGAAGCAGGGAAGAGGUAAUGUUUGGCCGAUUGUUUGGCGCGUACACCUACGCGCUCUUUAUUGAUCAAUGUAUUGUAAGGUGCUUUCCAUCGUACUAGGCACCGUCGACACUCCCCAUGCCAGACGCAGCGAAGAAGGGGUUUCCGCCGUUCGCGCCAGGUUCACCCAUUCCUGUCCCAGGAUCCGCCAUAGAUGCGUGUGUUGUCGUGAUAUGCGAUGUUUUGAACUGGGCAGGAGGCCCACUCCCUGAAAUCCCUCCGGCAGCGCAUGGCAUGCUGACUGUGCGACUAUUACUUCAGAUAGGACGAGUAGAGAAGGUAGUGUCUUUUGAUGGCUCACAGGCGAAUGAAUGCUACGGUUCGCGCCGCCACGGGUCUCUUUAUGGCUCUCACCAAGAGGGUAUCGAAACACAUCCGAACAUUGUCGCUCUCAUGGACAUGACUGGCCCAGGCUUUCUGAAACUUCGAGCAGACACACAUAAGUUGAUCGAUGUUCUGCCGCUGUACCUCAUCUAUGCUCUGACCCGACUGCUUCACUACUCUUUUACUAGGGGAUGCCCGAUGGUCAUCACGCAUCGUUUCGACUCUGCGAGUUUCUACGUGGCAGCCGCAUUGCAGUACAAGCUCAUGAUCUGUCUCGUUGUCCCUCCUAUUCUGGUUGUUCCGGUCCGUCAUCCUUAUGGAAGAACACAAGCUAAGGAGCAUCACAGUUCUCUUUUUGGGGCCGCGCCAUCGUCCCCACAUCUCUUCGAGGCUGCAAGUUGGAUUCAUGGCCAAUCCCUUCCUUCUGAACCCGUCUCCUCAGGUCAGGCGGUGAUUCACCAGAAAACAGCUUGGUCAGAACUUAUUUCCAAUCACUCAAGAUUGGAAUCCGCCCCAGCAUUAUUUGCCUAAACGCUCGAUCACGCUCACCAGGUUACAUUUGGACUGAGACGUCCCCAACGAUUGCUUUGUUGCCCGUCGAAGAUUCGGAACACAGGAUCGACAGCACGGCCCCUGCUGCCGGAUCUCGAGACGCGGUUGGUCAAAGGUGACGAGGGUUAUUCAGAUGUCACCCUGGUGAAUUGUAGGUUCGCGGGACUACAGACGUGAAGGGGUAUCUCAAUAACUCGUCCGCCACCCAGCACGCCAGUACAGACGACUGAUGGUUCAAGAUCGGAGGCGUUACCAUCCGAGACUCGGAGGGAAUUUGCUUCAUUGCUGUCAGACGCAAAGAAUCGUUCCUGUACAAGGUGUGCGUGCGUGUAGUUUAUAAGUUUACAUCCGAUUGUAGGGUUUUCAAAAUCAAGCUCUGCCAGUACCUCAAACUGUUUGGCCCAAGUGCUGCGCUAGUCCCGCCAGCAGAACUGAGAAAUAUUCUCACGGACCAGUGCGAGAUCGCAGAUGCGCCGUCAAUGGGCUCGAAA